CGCGCCGGGUCACAUGUCUGGUCUCCAUUGUCCGCAGAGCAGGGUGUGUGCAGCCGGGAUGCUGCGUGGUCGGGGCGUGGGAGUAGCCGGAUGAGAGGCUGUUUUCCCUUCAGCAGCGUCCUGAUCACACAUCCCCUUCCGUCGCUUGCUUCCCGGGAAGAUGCCCGGGCCGGAGGAGAUGAGAAGCGGCCCGGGGCUGCCUUAGACGGGGCGUGUCUGUCGGUUGUUUUUGCUGCUGUCAUCGCCGCCGCACCUGCGUGGAGGAGAGGAGCGACUGCCUCGGUUCCAGAGACCGGCGAUGUAAACUCGGUGAGGGGCAUCAGCGGCAUGAACAGUCGAUGAUCAGAGAGAGAGAGAAACAUGUCUGCGGGCAAACACUGCGAGGCGAUCAGGGUGGUGGUCCGCUGCCGGCCGCUCAGCAGGAGAGAGGAGGCUGGGGGGUGUGAGAACAUCCUGGAGGUGGAUGACAGGCUGGGGCAGAUCACCAUCCGGAACCCAAAGGCGCCGCCUGACGAGCCGAUGAAAGUCUUCACGUUUGACUCGGUGUACGGCUGGAACUCGAAGCAAAGGGACGUCUACGACGAUGCCGUGAGACCUCUGGUGGAGUCUGUGCUCCACGGCUUCAACGGCACCAUCUUCGCCUAUGGGCAAACCGGGACAGGCAAAACCCACACCAUGCAGGGGGUGUCCAAGGACCCGGAGAAGAGGGGCGUCAUCCCGAAUUCGUUCGAGCACAUCUUCACCCAGAUAUCCAGAAGCCAGAACCAGAAGUAUCUGGUGAGGUCGUCCUAUCUUGAGAUCUACCAGGAGGAGAUCCGGGAUCUCCUGUGCAAGGACAACAACAAGAAGCUGGAGCUCAAAGAGAAUCCAGACUGUGGGGUUUACGUGAAGGACUUGUCUUCGGUGGUGACGAAGAACACCACCGAGAUCGAGCACGUCAUGAACAUUGGAAACCAGUCCAGGUCGGUGGGCUUCACCAACAUGAACGAGCGCAGCUCCAGGUCCCACGCCAUUUUCCUUGUGACUGUAGAAUGUAGCGAAAGAGGCCCAGACGGCGAGGACCACAUCCGCGUUGGAAAGCUCAACAUGGUUGACUUGGCUGGAAGCGAGCGCCAGAGCAAGACGGGUGCCAAGGGGAAGCGUCUGAAGGAGGCGGCCAAGAUCAACCUGUCCCUCUCCGCACUGGGGAACGUCAUCUCAGCCCUGGUGGAUGGGAAGAGCACCCACGUCCCGUACAGAGACUCCAAGCUGACCCGCCUGCUUCAAGACUCUUUGGGUGGCAACGCAAAGACGGUCAUGAUUGCAACAGUGGGGCCCGCUCACAAGAACUUCGACGAAACCCUGGCGACCCUGAGGUACGCCAGCAGAGCCAAGAGGAUAAAGAACAAGCCUCGUAUUAAUGAGGACCCCAAAGAUGCCCUGCUGAGGGAGUUCCAGGAGGAGAUCGCGCGCCUGAAGGCUCAGCUGGAGGAGCAGGGGAUGCUGGCAAAGGAGAGGCGCCGGAGGAGGAGAGACAGCAAGAGACUGAGCAAAAGCCUGGCGGGUAUGGAGGAGGACAUCCUUUGCGAGAAGGAUGGAGACGUGUGGAAGGCGGCCGAGGAGGCAGAAGAAGACGGGAAGCGUUGCCUGAUUGAGGGAGGUGACAGUGCCAAGAUUCUGACCUGCCAGGGUGGCAGUGAGAAACUAAGGAACCUAAAUCUGUACAGAAGAAGUCUGGGGGACGUGCAGUGGGAUCAAGAUGCGGUGGAGAAAAUCAUCGAGAAAUACAAGGCCAUGGAGAGCAAGCUGUUGGUCGGUGGAAAGACUAUCAUUGAUCACACCAAUGAGCAGCAGAAAAUACUGGAGCAGAAAAGACAAGAAAUAGCAGAACAGAUAAGAAGAGAGAGAGAGAUCCAGCAGCAGAUGAUGUUGCGAGAUGAAGAGACCUUGGAAAUCAGAGAGACGUUCUCCUCCCUGCAGCAGGAGGUGGAACACAAGACAAAGAAGCUGAAGAGGCUGUUUGCUAAACUCCAGCUGCUGAGGGGAGAGAUGAAAGACAUCUUUGACGAGCACAUCACAAUCCGACAGGAACUGGAAGAGACUCAGGAAGAACUAACCAGAGAACUCAAGUACAAAUAUCUUCUGAUUGAGAAUUUUAUUCCCCCCGAGGAAAAGAACAAGAUCAUGAACAGGCUGCAGUUUGACGGCGAGGAAGAUCAGUGGUGGCUACAACCAGUUAUUCCUUCAGAGAGUACACCCACUCGGGUCAAGAGUCGGCCUCUUUCUGCUGUGGGAUACAAGAGGCCAAUCAGCCAAUAUGCACAGAUGGCUGUUGCCACCGCUACUGGGACCCCAUUUAGAUACCAGGCAGAAAACAUAAUGCUGCUGGAGUUAGACAUGUCUCCACCAACCAUGUUCACCUUGAACCUAAACGGCGAAUGCCUGGAGCGAGCCUUCACCCCCAGGCUGCUGCCGGAUCUGUCGCUGAACGUGCGUGCAUCAGGCGCGUCGCCUUCAAGGGUCAGGAAAUCCCAGUCCUGGUAUCAGGCACCACAAGCUGCGUCUGUCAGAUCAUCCUCAUCCUCCUCUAUUCUGACAUCAGAACCUCAGAGCUGCUCUCCCUCUCCAAGGCAAAGACCAUCCUCUGCUGCAUAUCUUUCUUUGGGAGGCCCAGUCCAAACAAGCCCCUGAUUUUCUGUCACAUUCUGUCUGCUGGCCUUAGUUCUUUCUGUGCCCAGUUAGAGGUUGCAGUUAAGGAGGAUCCAUCUAUAUUAAUUCAUUUUGAAGCUGAGUUUAUUUUUAAAAAAAGAAAUAAUAACAAUAAAAAAAAAACAGUUUCUGUAACUGAAAAUGUUCUGAUUUCUUAGUUUCAGUAUGGUAUGCCGGAGCCUUAUUUUAUUUGGCUGAGUAAUUUUUGCUGCACAUCUCUUACAGUCAUGAUAAAAAUGCAGGCGCUUUUAUGCUUAAGUGAUCUCAGAUGAAAAUGAUCAAAUACUGGUCUUUUCACCCCUCUGGCACUUCAUUUAUUUAUUUAUUUAUUGCCUUUUGGGUACAAAAUGGUGCUGUGUGCUGCAGGAUGUCUUUGUACCGGUUAUUUGUCAAGUUGUACCCGACAAAGGGAUGUUUUCAGUCCACUUAUUUGUGGGCUGAAAACCCACAAAUAAGUGGGUUUUCAGCAACUCCCAAAAAAAUGACUCCAAAAAUCACUGCUUUGUAGAAUGGGGUCGCCUAGACCCAUUUUAGCUUGCUCAGGCAGCGUAGGGGUCAGAUGACAGAAGAAUCAGCUGAACUACACCGGGAUCAGACCACAAUGAAUGGAAAAGGAAAGCAAUCCAAAUUUGAUUAAACUUUACUUUGGAUUUACUUUACAUGAAAAAUUUUCAAAUUGUUUGAUCUGAAAAAAUGUGCAAUCAAACAAAAUGUACGAUCAGACAAAAUAUUUUAUUGCUUACUUGGUAAAGGUAUGUCAUAGUACGGACAUACCUUUAAGUGUGCCUAAAUAACUAGUCAUCAGAAAGUCUGACCUCCUCCAUUAAUCAUUAUUAUUUAAAAACAAUUAGAAAUGUUUUUGCAUGGUGACCAAGUGGAAAGAUGCUAAUUGUAAUCUUAAAGAAGUAAUUGUUGCUUUUGUCAAUCUAAGAAAGAUAUAACAGCGUUUUCUUGACGAAAAAUAAAAAAUAAAAAAACAAAAAAACAAUGACAAACUUAACAUCUCAUAGUAUCUAGAUUACAAUCCCUUUUAGAUGUGUAACUGUUAAGCAUGGUGGUGGAGAGGUGAUGAUGUGGGCUUGCUUGUUGACGUCACAUCUCGAGUGCGCAAACCUGCGUCCAAACAGCCCAUCAAACGUCUGGAACGAAAUCAAUCCUUGCCUUAAAUGCUCCCAAAAAGAAGAAGAAGAAAAAGUCACGCGCCUUUCAGUAACUCUGUAGCAAUGUUUUUAAGAUGCACUCAAUGCUUUAGCAUUCUGUUUUAAUAUCCGUUUCAUAAAUAAUGUUUAAACUAGUCGCUCGUCUCAGAUUGUACUAACCAAAUUUUUAGAGCCAGUAAAAGCUUUUUGACUUUUGAUUUUCUAAGUAUGAUUGUUAAAAUCUUCAAAUUGAAAGUCUGUACGCUCACACAGUUGUAGAGAAAGGAAAAGAUGGCCAAGUCUCUGCCAAACACAUCCAGGCUGACCGAAUGGGAGAACAUCCUAAUGUAACCUGUGUGCUUUACGAUGUUUUGCUGCGGUUUAUGGCUAAUGUAAUUGUGAACCAAAAAAAUGUGAAGAAAGCUUGCAGUGCCGUCUUGAUUAGCUGCCUUACUUUUUCAUGAUUGUGAAAAGUUGACUUGCUUACAUAACAAAAUAAACACUGAAUAGUCUCAAAGUG